UUCUGGCUUGGAUACUUUUGUGUUAGUUAUAAAUGCAUGUGACCAGAAUCACAGUAGCCGCAUACGUGAGAAGCAAUCCGGAGCAGAGGAAGAGAUCUUGAGUCUUUAUUUGCUAAGGCCCUUAAGCAUUGUCGUAGGUAAUAUACAUUGAGCAAGAUAAGUCAAAUGCACUUUUAAUGGAUAACCGAUCCAUGGCAUGGCUUCCAGAACUGGAAAUGGAAGAGCCUAGUCACAUUUUGAAACACCAACAAGCACAUCCUCAUUAUAGUAACUCAAUGGAUUCGUUUUCUUCUGAAAGCUUCAAAGGUUAUCCAAGUAUGGUCACAGUAAACCAGUCUGUUCAAUUAACAACACUUAAUGGUGAUGUACACAAGCAACAGGAUUAUAAGGCAGCUAAGACUAGCCCUUUUGCUCCAAACCAUGCUUCGUCAUCCAAUACUUUCACUAUAUCUUUUGGAAACCCUACAUCACCACAAGAAAUCAACCAACUUCAACUCUAUGGAAAAUCAGACCUUAAGCACCCAGAUGCAGUACUGAUGCCUAAAGAGGAGACGAGUCUUAAUGAAUUUCUUGGUUCAUUUGAUAUUGCCACAAAGUUUCGGAAUACAAGAAGAAAUCAUAGACAAGCUCAAGAGCAUGUCUUGGCAGAGAGAAAGAGAAGGGAGAAGUUGGCUGAACGCUUCAUUUCUUUGUCUGCUCUCCUUCCAGGACUUAAGAAGAUGGAUAAGGCUACUGUGUUAGAAGAUGCAUGUAAUUACAUUAUACAACUUCAAACCCGGGUGAAGGAACUAGAAGACACGUGUGUCAAGGGAAAAGAUAUUAUUCAAGAAUCAGCUGUUAUUCUUGCUGGAAAAUCUAAGUUUUGUGGCAGUCACGAAGACUUCGCAUCUUCUUCUGAUGACGCAAACUAUUUAACAAGUAGCAGCACUUGCAGUCCUGAGAUCAAAGCAAGAAUUUCAGGAAGCAAAAUACUAGUGAGAAUCUACUGCAUGAAAAGUUCCUCGUUAGUAUUGAAAACCCUAUCUGAGAUGGAGAGCCUUAAUAUUACAAUUACUUGUUUCAACGUUGUUCCUUUCAACACUGCUCAUCUAAUUGCCAUCACCGCUCAGAUGAAUGAUGACGCAGUCAUAACAGCGAAAUAUCUAGUGGAAUGCUUGCAAUCAGCCCUUAGAGAUUUCCACUAAUAUCUGCUUAAGGCCAAGAGAUCUCGGAGAGGCCGAAUGUGUAAUGAUACACCUGACCUCCUUUUUUCGUUGUAUCAUUUCGACAUGGGUUUUAUGUAUUAGUUAAGCAGUUGGCGAAAGGGUAUUUCGCAUGUAGCAAGAUUUUGGUACAUUUGACUUUCAAAAUGGUAAAUUACAAUAUAGAUUCAAAAUGGUGUAGUGUGCUAGAGAAGAAUAUAUGUGAAUGAGCUUUCCCUUGUACAUGUGUGUGAUAUAUAUACAUGAAAAAUACUAAUAAUAUCUGCACUCGAAAAAACAAAA